ACGCCAGUCUCCCGGUAGCCAUGGAAACGACGGCAGCGUUCAGCGUCUCUUUGCCAGCGAGGAGGAAAAGGCGGAGUGCUUUUCCUCUCGUUAUGUUUGUGUUUAGCGGGGAGCGUUUCGCACCAUGGAGCUACCGGAGACACUUAGGAGACGUUUAGAAGACUUUUCUCGCACCGUUUUGUUUGACCAGAGUCGGGCGGAGCCUUUCUCUGAAGACGGCGACACGUUUUUGCCGCACGACAAACAGGUUCUGUCAAGCCUCCAGCUCCAGAUGUCUCUGUACUUUAACAUGUGGUUCUUCCCCUGGUGGUGGAUCAGUGAAACUGUAAUGCUGCAGCUCAAGUAUCCUGCUUUGUCAGACUACUACAAGUUCAUCCUUGUGACCAUUCUUAUCCUGAUGACGCUGAUUGAGGCCAUUCGACUCUAUCUUGGUUAUGCUGGGAACCUGCACCAAAAGGUCCCAGAGUUGGCUGGAUUUUGGCUCUUGAGCAUCCUACUGCAGUUUCCACUAAUCCUGUUUCAGCUCUUUAAUGAGGCCAUCCUCAUACAGCCCUUGGAGAGGGGUGUUCACAUCAUCCUUGCCUUAUUCAUACUCACACAGGCUCUCUCUGGUUUUGUGGCUCUACGGGACAUGGUCAGACACACAGAAAGCCAAUUUCAUUUACGACAGUUUAACUGAAUUCUGAAGUGCUGAUAUCCCUCUCACAUCUGGACACACCCUCGCAUAUUCUUGACUCACACCUCCUGGCUCAGAGGCCGACAACAACAAAAUCAUCGCAUUUUGUAUUACAUGUGGUGCAUGGGCUAGUGGCUUCUCAAGAUCCAUUAUUGAAGAGAGAGAAUUUUGGACAUUUAUUUUUGUAUUUUAUUGACAUC